CGGAAGCAUCGUACUCCCGUCAGAGCAACAGCGGGAGAGAAGCAGCCCUGACAGUCCUUUCAGUUCAGUCAAGCAUGUCGCUUUUGCGUUUGCAGGGAUUUCUGCCCAAACGAAGGAGACUGCGAGGUUACCAAUGAUUUUAGUGACCGGCAGACUGAAGGGUGAUGUUGUCAAAUAAACGAAGCAGAGGAAAAAUGUCUCGUUGGAUUUGGUCUCCGCUGCUGCCGCUUCUGCUGCUUCUUCCCUCGAUGAGAGAAGUUCAAGCCCAAGUGGAAAACCGGGUGAUUUUCCUGCCGGGAACUUUCCAGAACGUGAGCGUCUCCCAGAAUGAGACAGUGCAGGCCGUGGUGUCCAGGAUCGCCCCGGAGGUCGCUUUCGUCACUCUGCAGUUUCACACGCAGCACCGCAAUGCCACCCUCUCCUAUACCAAGUUGCCGGGCCUGGGUCUCUCUCUGACAGCAGUGGACUCGGGCCUCCUGUCAGCCCUCGAGCCGGGCCAGACGUCCCUCUCACUGUUCCUGUCUUCUCCUGAUGGUGACACCGUGGCGGGCACCGGGGUCAUCCUCUCCUUCUCCAGCACUGACCCAGUCCCUGGAGCUUGUAACACAGAGUUCACCUUGGACAUUGACCCUAAUGUCUACAUUCACUACAACCUCUAUGAGACCACGAUCCGCUUUGCACCAGCAAACUUAGGUUAUGAGAGAGGUGAAACUCCUCCAGUCUGCGACAGAUCCACAGGGACCAACACGCGCUGGCGGCUGCAGUACGACGUCUACCAGUACUUCCUGCCCGAGAACGACCUAUCGGAGCGCAGCCUGUUCGGUGGCAUCCAGGCCGUGGCCGACAUCCAGGGCAUGAUGGAGAACGGCAAACGAGUAGGCACCUUGUCGUCAUCAGACAUGACCAUGGCAGUGUUCAACUCCAUCCCUGGCCAGGGCGUCAUCUACUCGGUCAUCGUCAGAGACCCGCUGUUGAACACCUCGGCCUCCUACGUCCCCGUCCACACCUACGCCUGCAGCUUCACCUCCACUCUGGACGGCUGCCAAACCCUGGGAAAGUUAUCUACAAAAUUCUUCUUCACCAUCGCUGGUUUGGCAGGUCUGUUCGUCUGCUUCUUUGGGCAUCGAUUCUUCAAAUGUGAGUUGUUCUGCAUGGGAUUCAGCUUCGCAGCGUUUUUCUUCUUUGUGCUGAUCGCAAGGACGACUGAGCUCAGCUACGACAUUUGUCUGACCGUGUCGGCAGUGAUCGGCGUGGUGGGCGGGGUCAUCCUGGUCAUGAGCUGGUGGCGUUUUGGGUCAGUCAUGGCCUGCGUCGUCGUGGUCGGCCUGAUGCUCGGCUUUCUCAUCGCCUCCACUGUCCUCUUUACUCCUAUCGGUGACAUUGAUGUGUUCAGGCGUUCAGAUGUGGUUUUCUGGGUGACGUUCUGCAGCAUCAUGAUCAUUGUUCCCCUCUUCUUCGUGCGUUGGCCCAGAGAGGGCAACAUCACCACAUGUGGCGUGGUCGGUGCUUACGCUGUGAUUCUGGCCGUCAACGCCUACGUUUACACCAGCCUCUCCUACAUCACACUGAACAUCCUCAAACGCUUCCUCAACAACAACUACAGCGCAGUGUUCACUGACGUGCCGUUCCAGACCAUCGACUACGUCCUGAUCACAGUGUGGGUGGUGCUCGGCGUCUGCGGCAUCGUCCUGCAGCUCUACCGUGAGCGCUCGCGGCCGUUCUUCCCACCCAGCCCGUACCUCAUGUGGCUGCAGGAACGCGAGCGCCGCACAACCAACGUCCUGGACCCGAGCCACCACUUCCCCUCGCUGCCCAACCGCCUCCUGGCCAGAGCGCGGCAGCUCACCAAGCGCAUGGAGCCGGCAGGAGAACACACGCCUCUGCUCCUGUGAACCCCCGACGCCCUCGUCGCCUCUGUCUAAAGGCGGGUUACACAAACGGUGGGGGUCUGAGCCGAGACAAGAAACACCCCCGUGAUGAUGUUGUUCCUGUCGACUGACGCAGGGAUCUGACUCCAGUUUUAUUAAACACUUAAAUAAUAUUUUAACUGGUCGGGAAGAACUAAAGAACUGUCCUUCAGUGUUGUCGUCACCGUUGUCGCUUCUGUCGGUUCUGCUCAUUUCCUGUUUGCACUAAAGUCACAACCUACUAAUGAUUCACGCAGCGAGGCAUUGUAUCUCUGCAGAGUUGGAUUAAUGCUACCAACGUGGUUUUUUAAGGGUCCAAACAACGUAUUUGAUAUUUACAGGACACCACAUCCAGUCACGGUUUUGUAGUUUGGUUUUAAACUAAACACUUUAAUAAAAACACACAGUGUACCUUGAGUUAAAACUAAAAUUUAAAGGAUAAUGUGUUUCAGACUAAACUCUGAAUGUGCCAUUUAUCUGGUAAUAGAUGAGGAUCAGUAAGUGAUCAUAAUGAGGUCAUGCAGGUCACAAACAAAGAAAAACUGACAGUAAAUAAAUACAGCAAUGCUCUUUUUACUUUUUAGUUUUUAGUGUUUUUCCUUCUCUGUCAGAACAGAUGUUUUAACUCCUGCUUACUCGUGUUCUUGACUGGACUGCACUGACAGUCCGCUCAGGCUUCUUGUACUUUGCACACUGGAUUUUAAUAUAUUUAAUUUUUUCUUUGUGAUCUUUGUAUCUCUCACCUGUGUGCCAUGACGUUUCUCAGGUUCUCACACUCAGCUUUUAAACCAUGACGCACUGAGACAAUGUAUCGAAGCUUCAGCCUGGUCUGUCAGUGUUUUAUUCAGUUGAACUUUUAUGGUCUUGUGACUUUUUAGGAACAAAACAAAACAUCCAAAACAAUAUGCAGACAUGUGUUUUGAAAAGUGAUGUCAAUUAUCAUUUGUAAUUUAACAUGUUUUGAUAUUUAAUAAAUGGG